AUGCCAGUCACGUUUGGUAACCGACUCGGAUUCAUGGAGUCCGGCUGGCAAGACAUUGACAAUAUGAUGCAAGGGCUAUUCGGAAAUCCAACCACUGCUCUGUUCGCAUUUGUGCAAAGACUGACUGAUGCUCGGAAUGGGAGCAGGAACCCGCGGCAGGCGAAGGAACAAGAGGCCGAUGGCAUGCCACGAACAGCAGAAGACUUCUACCGAAAGUUGGAGAUCCUCCGCGAAAAGGAUCAGGCAGGCUACGAAUCCUAUAGUUCCGGGGAGGCGCUAACCAUGAGUAUUGUAGGCGAAAGGGACACGACGAGCAACUCUCUCACCGCGAUUCUUUUCUACUUCGCCCAAAACCGCAAUGUAUACCUGAAGCUUCGGCGAGAGGUCAGGGAAGCGACACUUACCCAACCCAAUGCUCCUAUCACCUUUGACUGCGUACAGAAGAUGCAGUACCUGCAACGGGUCAUGAAGGAAGGUCUCCGGAUGCAUGAAGCGACAGGGCUGCCCUUGUGGCGGCCCGGUAGCCCAUUACAAUCUGCAGGUAUUCGGGACAGACGCAAUCGUCUUUCGACCCGUCGGUGGGAUCCCACCCCCACGGACAAGGAGCAGCUCAAGCAGAUGGAGCAGUAUUUCCUACCCUUCGGAGCUGGGACACGCACGUGUAUUGGCAAGAAUAUCUCAAUCCUGGAGAUCACCAAGUCAUCCCCGAACUCGUGA